AUGGAGCGUCCGGCUUCAUCGUCGCCUUUGCGCCGUCCAGCAGCUACGGCUGGGGAUGACGCUGUUCAACCGAAGGCGAAACGGCCGCGCGCGGCGCAGGCCUGUGAUCGAUGUCGGGUGAAGAAGUAUAAAUGUGAUGAGUCGUAUCCUUGUUCGCAUUGUAAGAAGAGUCAGGUGGAUUGUAAAUAUCAAGGGAAUUUUCGAUCGAGAGAGGAUGCGAGAUCUACGACCUAUGUGACCGAUUUGGAGAAACGGGUAGAAGAGCUAUCGUCAAAGUUGCGAACGCUUGAGUCGAGUGGUGCUUCACGACCAUCGCCACAACUUUCGCAGUUAGCGACAGCUCUGGGAAACAAGGCGGCAGCACAGCCGAUCACCACUGCAACACCAUGUUCAUUAUCACAACAUGAAUCGACACCAAAGGACGACGCCACCGUGGCCGGCGACAAUCGAGAUGGGUCCGCAGACAGCGCAGAAGAAGAGAUUAGCGAGUUCAAUCAUCAUACUAAUGGGAUUGAGUUCCACGGAAGCACGUCUUCUGCUGCUUUUAUAGGACACCUUGAAAAGGCGCGAGAGCCAAAACGACCGGAAGAGCAGUCGAACCUGCGUCCGCCGGACGGGUCGUACUCGUUGAUCUCAACAUUGCAUAACUCAAGUUUCUCGCCGUCAUGCGCAACCGGUUCUGUGCAGCCCGAGUUUCUCCAAGACCAGAAUUUCUAUUUCGAUCAGGCCUAUGCGUUCAUGAAUGGUUACUUUGAGAAUAUCCAUUUCAUCCACCCUUUCAUCGAUAAGGAUGACUUUAUAGCUCGUGCGCAUGAUCUGUGGUUCAACAGGAAUCACCAGCAAUCACUCAGUUUUAUUGCGCUAUAUCUCAGUAUCCUCUCGUUUGGGGCGUUGGUUCGAGUGUGGGAUGAAGAGAUCCUGAAUGGACUGACACGGUUUGACUGGAGUCGGAAAUUGUUCCGCGAGGCGCAGACAUAUUUGAAUUAUUUGCAGUUUUCCAAUGACUUGGAGACUGUGCAGUGUCUUUAUCUUAUGGCCAAAGUAUGCCAGAAUGAGCUGAAUCCGAAUUUGGCGUAUAUGUACCUUGGACUUGCCAUACGGACGUGCUUGUCUGCUGGGUUCAAUCGAGAGGUGCGGAAUCCGAAAGAUCAACGCGAGAGUUGGAUCUCGAAGACGUGGUGGGGUCUUUUCUCUCUGGAGAUAGAAAUGAGCUUCUCCGUAGGACGCCCAGAUACCCUCGGUAUGGACGAAUACCACAACCGCUCUCUCCCGGAACGCGAUGAUUCAGAAUACGCCAUCAUACCAUGGAUGGUCGACUUUGCGCAGAUCAUCCGAAAGGUUUCCGUGCAAAUAUACCAUUCACGCUUUACCUUGCAAGACAAACUACAACUUGCUCUUCAGAUCGAACAGGAAAUGGACAGAUGGGUAGCUAGACUGCCUCCUAGAAUUAAACCUGACCUCCACGGGCAACCGGCGACAGGAGGUGCGCUGCGGGAUCCGAAGUGGGCGAGGAGGCAGAGAUUGGUUUUGGGCAUUCGAUAUUAUAAUGUCAAGAUGCUGCUCUUCCGACCAUUCCUGAGCCACUUUACUCGCAAAUUAAGACACACUCCAGCCGAACUAGAGGAAACAAUAAACAAGUGUCUUGACGCCGCCAUGAAAACCAUCGAAGUAAUCCACGACAUCUACCGCAUCCAUACAUUCUUCCGCUGCUGGUGGUACAACACGACCUACGUAAUGUUCGCCACAACAACCCUCCUCCUCCCCAUGUCCAAAUUGGGCAUGUGCCCACAAACUCUCCCCCUAGCAAGCUCAGUCGAAAUGGCCGUCGAGAUCCUAGAAUCAAUGGACGAAUCCGUCGUGGCGCGAAAAUCUGUCGAGAUAAUCUUGCAGUACUUGAAGGACUUUAGGGCUCCGAAUAACAGUACCGAUGGUACACAGAUUGCUAUUACGCCUUCGCAAGAGAAUGCUGAUCAGGCAGCUUUUGUGGGGACAGGGACGGGGACGGAGCACGGGGCUGGUCAGGCUGGGAUUGGGAUUGAUAUUCCGGAAUGGGCAUAUGGGUUCGGGUUUCCUGAUUAUUCAUUCGAUGGGAUUGCACGGUUGUUUGAUGAUUUAGGUGGGCUUCCUAUGUUGGAUAAUUGA